CGAGGUUCUAGAUGGCACCCCAUGAGAGGAGCGAACCGGUCGGGCGUCUCCGAGUUCCUCCUCCUGGGGCUCUCCAGGCAGCCCCAGCAGCAGCAGCUGCUCUUCGUGCUCUUCCUGACCAUGUACCUGGCCACGGUCCUGGGAAACCUGCUCAUCCUCCUGGCCGUCGGCGCCGACUCCCGCCUGCACACCCCCAUGUACUUCUUCCUCAGCACCCUGUCCUUCGUGGACGUCUGCUUCUCUUCCACCACCGUCCCCAAGAUGCUGGCCAACCACAUACUCGGGAGUCAGAGCAUCUCCUUCUCCGCGUGCCUCACGCAGAUGUAUUUUGUUUUCAUGUUCGUGGACAUGGACAAUUUCCUCCUGGCUGUGAUGGCCUAUGACCGCUUUGUGGCCAUAUGCCGCCCCUUACACUACACAACGAAGAUGACCCCCCAGCGCUGUGCCCUGCUGGUCGCUGUGUCGUGGGUCAUUGCCAACCUGGAUGUCCUGUUGCACACCCUGCUGAUGGCUCGACUCUCGUUCUGUGCAGACAAUGCCAUCCCCCACUUCUUCUGUGAUGCGACUCCCCUCCUGACACUCUCCUGCUCUGACACACGCCUCAACGAGGUGAUGAUACUUAUUGAAGCAGGGCCCAUAAUGAUUGCUCCAUUUAUUUGCAUCUUAGUGUCAUAUGUCUUUAUCACUUGGGCUAUCCUGAGAGUCCCAUCCCCAAAGGGAAGAUGGAAAGCCUUCUCCACCUGUGGCUCCCACCUGGUUGUAGUUUUCCUCUUCUAUGGAACUAUCAUAUCUCUGUAUUUCAGCCCUUUAUCCUCCCACUCUGCUAAGACAGAUGUAGCAACUGCUGUGAUGUUCACAGUGGUGACCCCCAUGCUGAACCCCUUCAUCUAUAGCUUGAGAAACAAGGACAUAAAAGGGGCUCUUGGAAAAGUGCUUGCUAGGAAAUGGGCAAAGGUCAUCAUGGAGGGAAGACAUUUCUAAGAAAAUCAUAUUUGUAAUUGUCUCUUGUGCAAAACCAUGUUUGUCUUUGGGAAAACAAUCACCUAGUGUUUAUCUGAGGAGAGCAAAACCUGGUACAGCCUCUUCAGGUUAAAGAUGGAAAGAGGUCUUUUUACCCAAUAACUUGACUGUUCCAACCACUGAUGCCCCUCCAGCGAGAACCUGCUAGGAAUACACCACUUCGUGAGUAAGUUGGGUUUAUUGAUCAUAACAAAGGGGAGCACACACUAUGCAGGGAUAGUAGGUUUUGUAGGAGGUGUUGAAAGAACUUAUUCAAAUACUUGGUUUUGUGUAAGGUUAUUUUGGUGAAGACUUAGGAAUUGGGUCUUUGCUCUUGAUUAGAUGCUUUCAGAAAGUGCGAAUGGUUUUGAUUGGGUAUGUUAAUAUAUUUUAUCUAUGAGGGAAGACUAGACCGAGGCCAAAACUGUGAUUAGGAAAGAAGUAGCAGUCACUGGUAUCAGCCAGCACAGGCGGCGUUUGGUCAUUUCUGAGGCUUGUGUUCUUGUUUUUGUCUUGCUCCAUUACAGUUACAGAAUGGCCUCGUGUCAUACCAAUAUUCUGGGAAAUCCUCUGUGUUCAUUGGGAGGGCACCAACACCCCGCUGUGGGCCAGCCAGCUUCUGACUAUCAGGGCUGGUUUCUCUUUCUCACAACAAAGACACAGAGAUAUGAGAACAGCUGAUGGAAGGGUCAUAUUGGUGUUAAGGCAGGGAGGCAAAGAGUUCAUUUAGGGCUUCAAGAAGCCCUGAUUCUGCCAUGCCUUCGAACUAAUUAUUUUUAUCUUUUUAUCUGAUACAUAAUAUCACACAUUACAAUAGAAAUAUGCAUAAAUUAAGCAAGAAAGAAAUGUCUUCCAAAAUAUCUGUGCCCAGCCAUAUCAGUCAACUGAAGAUUUUUUUCCCACCCUCUGUUCCAUUUAUGCCUUAAAUACAUGCUAAAUAAUUUGUAUCCUGAUUUUCUGCUUUCAUUUCAUAAUAAAGUUUUUCUAAAUUUGCUGUAUAGUCUAUUUAUAUAUUUCCAUCAAGUUACUUUAGCAAAAUGUAUUCACUAAUAAUUGUUUCUGAAUUAAAACAUAUAGGAUAUUUACUGUUUAAAUAUAUGAUUUUAAACUUAUUUUGAAAAAUGAUUUCAGAAAAUAAAAAAAUUGUCAGAUAUAUGAAACUGGUUUAAGACAUCACUGAACAGGAUGGUCUUGAUUUUGAGGAAGAAAGAGGAAAAUAAGGCAAUUUAAUUUCAGGGAGUUAGGUAAGAUGACAGCUUUUAUGAAACUGACAGAAUUCAGAAUCAGAGGAUGUUUCUGAGUUUAUCAUAUGACUUUCUUUUUUGUAUUUGUGUAUUAAUGUUUGCCUAAAGGAAUAAACGGUAGCAAUUCCAAUUUUUAGUCUAUAUAACCAAUAAUUCAUAAUCAGAUGGAAAGUACUUGUUCCUUGAAAGUUUGAAAGAAAUCCAUAGCCGUUGUUUUAUGUAAUUUGGGGCUGUGUUAUUAAAUGCAUUUGUGUUUAUUCAGUGUUAUAUACUCCUGUUUUAUCCUUCUG